GCUUCUCCUUUCACUGCGACACGGACUAACACAGACAGACAGACAAGCAAGGUCAUUCCCAGCUGUUAGCCCAACAGUAGAUGUGACCAAGAUGGAUCACAGAUGCACUAUGGAACUGAGCAAGACUCUCUUUGUGAUGGCUCUCCUGCUCUCUGGUGCUGCUUCCAUGAAAAGCCAGGCAUAUUUCAAUGAGACUGGAGACCUUCCAUGCCACUUUACAAACUCUCAAAACAUAAGCCUUGAUGAGCUGGUAGUAUUUUGGCAGAACCAGGAUAAGCUGGUUCUGUAUGAGCUAUACAAAGGCGAAGAGAAUCCUCAAAAUGUUCACCCCAAGUAUAAGGGCCGCGCAAGCUUUGACCAGAACAACUGGGCCCUGCAACUCCACAAUGUUCAGAUCAAGGACACGGGCACGUAUCAGUGUUUCAUCCAUCACAAAGGACCCCAAGGACUCGUUUCCAUCCACCAAAUGAGUUCUGACCUGUCAGUGCUUGCUAACUUCAGUCAACCCAAAAUAAUAAUUUCCAAUAGAACAGAAAAUUCUGACACCAUAAAUUUGACCUGCUCAUCUAUACAAGGUUACCCAAAACCUAAGAAGAUGUCUUUUGUGCUAAAAACUAAGAAUUCAACUACCGAGUAUGAUGUUAUCAUGAAUAUAUUUCAAAAUAAUUUCACAGACCUGUACGACGUUUCUAUCAGCUUGUCUAUUUCAGUGUCUCCUGAAAGAAAUGUGAGCAUCUUCUGUGUCCUGCAGCCUGACUCAACACAGACACAGCUUGUCUCCCAACCUUACAAUAUAGAUGCAAAGCCACCUAUGCCUACCCCAGACCGUGUCCUGCCUGUGGCCUUCCUUCUACUGUUUAUGUUUGUGUGUGGGUUGGUCUUUCUAAUACUAAUGAAAAGGAAGAGGAAGCAGCCUGGCCCCUCUCGUGAAUGUGGUGAGUCAGUGCUUGUCCCAUCUGCAGAGCGCCACUGUGUAGCUACUUCCCUAUCAGCUGCAUUCUGGAGCUUGUUUGCCCAGCCCAGACUGGCAACAAAAACCAGCAGGUGGUUGGAGGGAGAGGUUUCCCCUCUGGACCCCACUUAG